AGACGAGGUUGGGGGUUAUGUAAACCUCAUUUCCCCACUGUUUUUUGUCGCUCUCCCUGCUCUUUCUCUCUCCCUUCAACCCUAAAGAGCUCUGCAACUCUCAAGGUUCUGUAAAAUAUGGCAGAAUCUGAGGAUAUCCAACCCCUUGUCUGCGAUAAUGGAACCGGAAUGGUCAAGGCUGGGUUUGCAGGAGAUGAUGCUCCUAGGGCAGUGUUUCCCAGUAUUGUGGGGCGCCCUCGACACACUGGUGUUAUGGUUGGGAUGGGGCAAAAGGAUGCUUAUGUGGGAGAUGAGGCCCAAUCUAAGAGGGGUAUUCUAACAUUGAAAUACCCGAUUGAGCAUGGAAUUGUGAGCAACUGGGAUGACAUGGAGAAGAUUUGGCACCACACCUUCUACAAUGAGCUUCGAGUUGCACCUGAGGAGCACCCUGUUUUAUUGACUGAAGCCCCUCUCAACCCUAAGGCAAACAGGGAGAAGAUGACUCAGAUCAUGUUUGAAACAUUCAAUGUGCCAGCCAUGUAUGUUGCCAUUCAAGCUGUUUUGUCUCUCUAUGCCAGUGGUCGUACAACCGGUAUCGUGCUCGACUCCGGUGAUGGUGUGAGCCACACAGUGCCAAUUUACGAGGGUUAUGCCCUCCCCCAUGCCAUCCUCCGUCUCGACCUCGCUGGUCGUGAUCUUACUGAUGCGCUCAUGAAGAUCUUGACGGAGCGUGGUUACUCCUUCACAACCACAGCAGAACGUGAAAUUGUUCGUGACAUGAAGGAAAAGCUGGCCUACGUGGCCCUGGAUUAUGAGCAAGAGCUUGAGACUGCAAAGAGUAGUUCGUCCGUUGAGAAGAGCUAUGAGCUCCCUGAUGGUCAGGUGAUCACAAUUGGGGCAGAGAGAUUUAGGUGCCCUGAGGUCCUCUUCCAGCCUUCUCUCAUUGGAAUGGAAGCGGCUGGUAUACAUGAGACUACAUAUAACUCUAUCAUGAAGUGUGAUGUGGAUAUUAGGAAGGAUUUGUAUGGGAACAUUGUGCUUAGUGGGGGUUCGACUAUGUUCCCUGGCAUUGCCGAUCGUAUGAGCAAGGAGAUAACUGCGCUUGCACCAAGCAGCAUGAAGAUCAAGGUGGUGGCACCUCCUGAGAGGAAGUACAGUGUCUGGAUUGGGGGUUCUAUAUUGGCAUCACUCAGCACCUUCCAACAGAUGUGGAUAGCCAAGGCAGAGUACGAGGAAUCUGGUCCGUCCAUUGUCCACAGGAAGUGCUUCUAGAUAUGGUGGUUUUGGGUUGGUUGUUGCUUUUUUCUUUUCCUUUUUCGGUUUGUGCUUUUUUCACGUGCUCUCUAAGAUUGUUUUGGUUGAGGAAUGGUUGCCUUUUCCUUUGUUUCCCUUUUUCUCUCAUGGGGCUUGAAAUUUUUAUGUCUUCUUUUUAUUUAUAUUCAUAUAAAUUUAAUAUUAUGUGUACUUCAAGAAAAAGGUCGUUUGAAUCCGAGUUCUUUCUUGUUUUUUUUUUUUCUCUCAUUUCUGUGGUCCCCUAAACUUUAUCACCCGACUCUUUUGCCUUUUUCAUUUACACAGUACAAACAUUUGUCUACUUUUGCUCUUUCUUUAAGUUUUGCAUUCGACAGUGGCGACGGAGGACUCGUGAGUUGCUUUUUCUUGAGUAGGGGUAAACAGAGUGGAGGGAGGCCAUGUGUUUCGGAGGCAUGGUGUAGUGAGUAAAGGAAAUGGAAAAGGUAAAAGGUCGGGCCGCCCUAUCAUUCUUGUGUAAAUGAGAGAGAGAGAGAGAGAUGAAGACACCUGCAUUUUGCGUUUGGACUGGCCCUACAGGGAUAAGGACCGGGCUAGGGCGAAGGUUGGCCCAGCCCAUCGCGAACCCAUAUUUGGGAAGUGGUCAUCAACCUUCCCUGCCUGUAUUUUAUGAGGAUGAGGAGAAUCUUUGGGAUUUAAACCUGCUCCUAAUUUGGAGACUGAGGAUUGGAGUGACUUGUUGGAUUUCUGAGCUUUUUAUUAUUUAUUGUUUGAUUGAAGCAUUAUGGAAAUUAGUCAUCUAAAU